ACAUGGAAGUGGCCUUGUUGCAGGGAUUGCUGGGAAGAAGAAGUACAGUCGAGAUUGGGAAUUUGGAGAGGGAGGUAGCUCUCUGAAGAGGAAUUCUUGUGACCUCAGAAGUAAGAUUUCCAGGGAAGCGCUUGGAGGAAGGUGUCCUGUGUACACGCCCCAGAGAGGACUGCAACGCCUUCAUUUCUUUGAAAAGAGCCUCUGUCUGUUUGCCAUGGCUGACAUUGAGAUCUUAGAGGACCGAGACAAGCUGAAGAGAGGACUGGUGAAAGUCCUGGAGUGUGUGGCUACAAUCUCGUCAGCGGCCGCCGUGGUGAACCCCAUCUUUGGUGUGGCAGGCUCGCUGAUCCGCGUAGUCCUGCACCACGUUGACGACGAAGAGAUCCAGACGCUGAAGCGCGAGUUCAGCAGUGUGAACCGGGCGCUGGACGAGAUCUCCCAGCAGAACCGAAGCGCCCUACUGCAGAUCAAGAAAGAGACGCUGGACGGCCAGUACUGCCGCGUGGAGGAGAACAUCCGCAACCAGUUCCGCAAAUUCAUGGAGAUCGUGGAGGCGCGGCCGGAGUACCAACAACGCAAAAAGGACGACUUUGAGGAGAGCUACGCCAACGACAUGGGCGAUCAGAACCUGCACACGCUCUACGACGGUGUCAUGGGGAAGCCCAAGCUCUUCAGCAGGCCCAUCUUGGAGGUCUACAUGACCCAUUCCCAGGGCGACCGGCGGGUGAUGGAGCGCCUGUGCACCCGCCUCACCUACCUCUUCUGCAUCGGGCUGAUCGCCCUCAUGGGUUACGCUGCCAUCAUCGGGGAUGAUGAGGAAGGCUUGAGCGAGGAAUGGGCUGAGAAGAUGGAAAAUGUGCAGGAGAGGAUGCAGGAGGUGCUGAGAAGAUGCAAGUGAUUCUUCCUCCUGUUCUACUCACCGGACUCCUUAUGUUUUCCCUAGAGCAAUGGUCACCAACCCUGAUGCUGGAGAUCUACCUAGUUUCAACCAUAACCAGCUCCAGCUAAUUAGCUUUUUCAGAAGUUCUUGAUUGGCACGAUCAGAUCAGUUAGUGUUAAGUAAGUUGGGCAGCAUGUUAGAUGAAGGUUGGAAUAAAAAUGUGCAUGAAAAUAGAUCUUCAAAAGGAGAUUUGGUGACUGCUGCCCCUAGAGCAUUGGUCACCAUCCAUCUUCCUGGAGGUCUAGCUGUUCUUGAAGAUCCACUAACCACCAACCGUAAUCUAACAGACCUGAUCCAGCUGACUGAAGAAAUCAAAAAACAUUGCUUACAAAAAUGAAAAAGAAACAGGCACCAAUUUGCAUAAUGCUAAUAACACUUACUUGGUGGUUAAAGGCUUCCAUUUGCUGUUAGACAAAUUUGCAUAUCUGGUCAAACUACUCCCUUAAAGUCUUCUGAAAAGACUGUUUAAUUCGAUCAGGUUAAGUAGACUUGGGUUCCAACUAAACUAUUCAGGAACGUAGAUCUCUACAAAGGGGAUGGGUGACCACUGCCCUAAAGGCAGUGUCUCACUGCUGCCCCCUUUGGUUUAGAUUUAUCUUUACACUCUAACUGUUUUCUUCCUCUCUUUCUAUCCUAUUCCUUAUUUCUCUCAUUUGCUGUCUUGUAUCGUGUCUGUGUUACAAAUAGCCCUUUGUUUUUGGUUGUAUGUACGCACACACUGUGAUUCCGUCGCCCUCCACCUACCUGAAGUCUCCAGAGCUUAAAAACAGUCCCCUGGUGAACAUCUGUUAGGAUACCCAUUAUGAAAAAAGAAUGUUUAAAUAUUUAGUAGGGCUGGCCCGAACACCAUUUUACAGGAUUUCAAUACUUGCUGGUGUUUCUAAAUGAGUACCUGGACAUUCGUUCUAAAAACCAGUCAAACAGAAUAAUAAUUAUGUUUCAUCAUUAACCAAAAAUAUCAAGUAUGGUUGUUACUGGAGUUCAAAACAUAUACAAUAGGCACCAAUUAUAUACAGUAUAGUGCAGAGCCUGGGAUGUACUUUUUUUGUUUUGUUUUGUUUUUUUUACAUUUUUAUAUUCCCAUAUAUUAGCUGUUCUAUCUUCCAAAGACUUUUGCUGAUGACAUUGAUUGUAGUUUUUUGUGGCUUAACAAAGAUAAAGUUUCCGAAUAAUCAAAUGAGAAACAAACAUGACCCAUGUAACAAACAAAUACUCAACUGUUCAGAUUAUUCGGGCCAGCCCUAAUGUUUAGUAAUGUUAAACAUUACAGGUGGAUUCCAAUUUGACAUUUUGCCCUUGAUAGCUUUGGUAAUGGUUAUUUUUGAGGGGGUCUUAAAAUGCCAGUGGACAAAAAAACACUAAUUUCUGUACAUUAAACUGUAUUUAGCUCUUUCAAACUGUGUAGCAAUUUAAACCACAUAUUAGUGCACCAAAACAAAAGCAGAGGGCGUAAUGAUCCCUGUCCAUACUUGCAGAUUUCAGAAUGGCUAGUCUUUCUUUCAGGUGCACGGUAUCACUACGUCACAUUCACACCCAACAGCCUGUCUGGGAUUGGUCUUAUGAAAUCCAGUUAUUCAACAUCCUUUCUUGCACUGCAGGUGGUUCUGCUACAAAAUCUGAACAGUUUCAGGCCAAACCCUGACUCUGUGAGGCUACUUCAAGCCUAAUACGAUGCUGUCUUUCAUACACCAAACGCACGGAAUGUAUUAGUACAUGGUGUAUUUGGUGUUUUGUAACACUAAGUAAGUACCCGGUAUACACUACAGAUUUUUUUUUUUUGGUGAGGUUGGAACACUACAUCUUCUAUUUGAAAACAUAAUACUGCUCCACUGAAAUUAAAUUAGUGAUGUUAUUCACACAGAACUGAAACUACAAGCCACUUUCCUGAACAUGUAUUUAAGCCUAGUCUUGGACUAAACUGCGGUGCCAAUGGUGAAUCACCAUUGGGAACUUUUUUGUCUCUGUUUAGGUUUAAUUGUUUUGAGAAAAUAUACAUACAUGUUUAUAGGGCAUGCAUUUGCUAACAUUGCCUUCAAAUGCUUGAAAGGAAACACUAAAAUCAACGAAUAUAUAUACAUAUUAUAAGUCUCACACUACAGAAGCAUCACUAAUUCCUAUUGGCCAAAUUUUACUUUGCACUUAGUCCAGCCUUACUGUCCUAAACAGAGGUCCUGUAACAACAUCAUAACCAAAUAUGCUAUUUAUGAGAGCUCUAUUACCUGCUUGUCUAAGUGCUAUGAUGGCUCAUCCAGAAAAAUCAUGUGCAUUUGUUUUAGCACAAAAGAUCCUAGAACUUUAGUUUUUAAUAGGAAAAAUGUGAAGAAGAGCAGCUUUCUGUGAAAAGUCCAUCACAUAGGUCAAUAUGUUCAGUCAGAAUGCUGCUUUGUUUUAGCAUUGUGCACUUCUGUGGUUGUUUAACCUCCUAAAAUGGGAAUCCAACUGAAUUUUUGAAAUUUCUAUAUUAUUCAAUCAUUAAAAUGUAAAGAAAGCCAUUCACAGUGGCUUGAAAAUUGUUCACAGUGGUGGUGAUAGGAGCCAGAUGUCUACAGAGUUUCAUCACCGAAUGUUACGACAUGACAUGAUUACAAAUAACCUGCCUCAUGCCUGAUAAAUGGUUUUAUUUAGGAUGAGAUUUUGGCCUAAAAUGCAUUCCUUGAAGGCAUGCAGAUUGGAGUGGUACACGCAGAGUGCUUUAAGGCAAAAUAGUACCCAAAGGAAACAUGCGUCAAAAAUAUCCCAUAUAAAAAGUCAUGGUUAUUUUGGUUAAUAAAUAAAAUGCCUAUAUUUGCACUGUAGACAUCCCCAUUUCUGGUCCCAAUCACCACCACUACAAAAAAACGUGAGGUAAAUUUUUCUAGCAUGCCGCAUUUUGCACCAAACCACUUUGAAUGUCAGAAUUACAUUAGAAUUUUGAAAAAUGGGUGGAAUUCCACUUUAAUGCUGAAGCAGAUAAGUAUUUUUUUCUGAACAUACACUGAAGUGCUUUUUUAUUAUAUAAUAGCUGUUUUCUUUGUACAGGGAUAAAGAAACUGUCCUUAUUGUUCCUGUCAAAUAGUAUCUUGUGCCAUUUUAUUUUAUUUUAUUUUAUUUUAUUUUUUUUUUGUUUUUGUCUAAAGUUUAUUUUCUGCCUGUUCAUGUUGGAUAACAAUACCUGGAUCAAAUAACUCGAUUAAUAUUUGCGAUAUACUGCUUCAAGUGUACUCAGCUUUGGUGGGCCAUUUACUAACCCAUGCCACUAGUGCCUCUUGUGUACUUAAAUCAGUUACUUUCUCUAUUCCUUUGUCUGUGCAGUAUCACGUAAUGGGCUGUUUAGGCUAUCUGUCAUGGUUACAAAUCACUUUAAUGUAUGUAUAUGCGCUUAAAUUCAAUUAUUAUGCACUUUCAAAAUAAGAUGAACAAUAACAUCCUUUUAUGAGACGUCUCAUUGCCUCUUGUGGCAUCCUGACAUUACUCGGUGUUUCAGGACAGAAUGCAAAUGAGUGAGGAGUGCAGUUUGCGUCAGGGACGGGAGGUUUACUGACAGUGAGGAUGCUUUCAUGUAAAUCUAUAUAUUUGUUAUUUUUUGUUGCUGUUCAAUAUUGUAUAAAGUACUAUGCAGCACUACUAUUAAAGAUGACAAAAACCUA